AUGGACAACGACCCCCCAACCCCCGACUCCCCUCACAGCAUCAGCUGGCUCUCCGAACGAACCCUCUCCAUUUCCACCUCAACAACCACAACCCUAGCAGACACUCCAAGUCCAAUGAGCAUGUCCUCCCCAAGCAUAACACCUAUAGAGUUCACCGAAUCCCCCAUUCCAAUUGAAUACCGCCAGGUCUUCUUUCGCGAGAGCCCCAACUUCCACCCUCAUUUCCUACCCCUCCUCCGCCACCUCUCCUCCCACCUCUGGCCCCUCAUCAACUGCGAAACAGGCCUCCAACACCCAGACUUCCCACCAAAUAUGCUGGCCUACAACCUUAUGACCUCGGAGCAGGUCGAUAAUCUUGCCCGUCAUUUCCAUCAGGUUUACCCGCCCGUUCCCGCUACGUUUAAUUAUCCUGUUUGUAUUACCCCGUGGAUUGGGACGGCGGAGGAGAAAACUAUUGAUCUUCCGACGAGGGUGAAGAGGUUGGGGAGAUUUUUUGGGUUGAGGGGAUGUGAAGAGCAGGAGCAGGAGCAGGAGGAUGUGGAUAUGGAUAUGGAUGAUGAGAAUGGGGGUGGGAAUGAUGAGAAUAUGAGUGAAGCUGAAGCUGAAGUACUACGACAGAUGGAGUGGGAGUGGCAGCAGGCAUUACAGAGGGCGUAUGCUGAGGAGUCGCAUAGGUGGAAUCUGAAGUGA